UUGGCCCGAUUAGAAACGAAAUACAAGUAUGUACAAAAGUAUCAACGCGCUUGAAAGAACGGGAAGAGUCUUUCUCACCGGGCAGAGCGUUUUUUCGUCUUCAUAUUUGCUAUUUUGCUUUGAUGAUUCUUUCAGCCGCGCGUAUUUCCACUGUUUUCUCCUCAAACUCGCAAAUUUCUCUCUUCCCACUCAAAUCUCCAUUGACCAUUCACCGUCACUGGAGCGCGUGGAUUUAUUGGAAGAAUUUCAUGGUUGCUUCUGUAAUUUCUUUUCUUCACUUUUACACAGCGAGACGGUGGGAACUUAUCUCAUGAGAAUUUUCAUUUAUUAAUAUUCAUUUCUUCCUGACUACGGCCAUUUCUUUCUCAUUUCUCUCUACGAUCUGGUUAAUGUAAAUGGUAGAAACAGCUGCGCAGGACUUGUUGGGACUCGGGAGCCACCUCUUGCCGGUUUUGGGGUUUGAUUCCCUGGCCCAAAAAAGGGACAAGAAAGUACUGCGUUUGAUUGGCGACAAAGACCAAGUGCAAAAGCUCUGAACUUAUUAAGGAUAGUACUUCGAAUUACAAACUUGGUUGGGGAUUUGAUUGGUAGGGAAGACUGUGCACGAAGAUCCUUUCAGGUUAUGUUGUUUCAGAACUUGUAACGGAUUAUUCUCCAAUAAUAGCCCUCCUCCGACUCGAUAUAUUGCCCUGUAGGAAGUCGGAUCUAAAAUCCCGGAAAAACUUUUUCCGUUGUCGGUACGUGAGCUCCAGAACUUACUAUUUUCUUUUUGGGAUAAAGAUUUGGAUUUUAUAGUCCUGCGUGAGAAAACAGUAACUCCUUCUCUUACGUUCUCGAUCGAGCUUUGAGUCUAAGAUCAGAGAGAGUUCCGCUACACGGCUACAGAAUAAAGUGGUGGGAGAGAGAGUAGAUGUGGCGAUGGCUGGUUACAAUGAAGCAAACCAGACUGGUUCUCGCUACUUUCAUCAAUUGCUCAUACCCGAACUGCACCUCCAGAGACCGCCCAUUUCUCCUCAGCAUCAACCCAGCUCCCAGCAAACCUCUGAUUCCAACAAUUCCUCUGAUCAAGACCAGAUGCCCGAAGCCGAUGCCCAAGCCACUAGUAGCUCCGGUGCAGCCACCACUUCCACUCGCAGACCACGCGGCCGUCCUCCAGGCUCGAAGAACAAGCCGAAGCCACCGCUUAUCGUAACGCGGGACAGCCCCAGCGCCCUCCGAUCCCACGUCCUCGAGGUGUCGAAUGCCGCCGACAUCGUGGAGAGCGUUUCGAAUUUUGCGAGGAGAAGAGGGAGAGGAGUCUGUGUGCUCAGCGGAACCGGGACGGUGGAGAACGUUACGCUGCGGCAACCUGCGGCUCCGGCACCGGGGAGUGUGGUGACGCUGCACGGGCGGUUCGAGAUUCUGUCUCUUUCGGGGACCGUGCUCCCACCUCCGGCACCGCCUGGUGCUGGGGGGUUGUCAAUAUUUUUGUCUGGUGCACAGGGACAGGUAGUUGGGGGAAGUGUAGUGGGACCCUUAAUGGCCUCGGGUCCGGUGGUUUUGAUGGCUGCGUCGUUUGCCAACGCCGUGUUCGAACGUCUAUCUUUGGAUGAGGAGGAAGCUGGGGCCGUGCAAGUCCGUCCCACUGCAUCACAGUCUUCGGGCUUGACUGGAGGCGGGGGGCACCUUGGGGAGGGUGGUAGUGGAGGUGUCUCUCUUUUAAGUAGGGGAGCUGGAAAUUUUCCAUUUUCUGGUGAUCUGUUUGGCUGGGGUACUGGGAGUAGUACUGCUCCAAGGCCUCCAUUUUAAUUGGUCUUGAUUCCAAGGGAGAUAUAUUUACUGGAAAUGUUAUCAGGGAUGGAGAAUUAAGGAGCAGGAGAAUUAAGAGGGUCAAGGUCAGAAGCGAUCACAAUGUAAAGUUUCCUUCAGGCUUUUAGUUUAAAAUUGUUCGUGAUAUAUCCAACGUAUUGGUCCUGAUCUCAACUUGUCUCUCGGAAAAGAAACCCAGUUAAAAGCAAAUUAACCAAUUAAGGAUUGAUGAUCUGCAGACUUCUCAGAGGUCAGUCAUGAGAAACAAUUUUCUUUUUUCUAGGCCUUCACGAUCUCCUUCUUCUUUCCUAUAUAUGUCAUUUCCUUUUUUUCGACCUUUCUUAAUAUAUAUCUCUGCUUAUUUGAUCAA